AUGAUCGACCAUGGGAAGCGGUUUGGAGGCGAGCAGCCGGAGGUGUCUAGACAGUGUCAUCAACGCGGGAGUCCGCACAACUCGUUCUGGUCCGACGACGAGGACGAAUCGACGUGCCUCUCCCGGCUCAAGCAGCCCCGGCCAACAGACCUAGAAGGUUGGCGCGACCUGGCACGACAAGCUGGUGUCGAGAACAAAAUGCUUCGCUGUCGAAUUCGAGACUGUGAAAAGCAGAUUUUCACUCUCCAGCAACAGGUCGACAGAGAAACAGCCCGCGCGGCGGCGCAGGCCAAAAAUCAACUGACGAUGGAAGCUGAUCUCCGAACAGCGAGGGACGAGUUGCUUCGGCUACGGCACACCAUUAGGAUGAACCAAAGAGGAGCGGAGUUGACUCGUGGAGCAGUGAUUGGCGGAGGCGCUGGAGACUGCAGCCGCGAGGUGUUUUUGUUGCGAGAGGCGCUGGCCGAAGCCGCAGAGUAUCAUAUGCAACUACUGCAACAAAACGACAGUCUCCGCGUUCAAGUGGAAUGGCUCCGCCGUAGCGACGCGCCGGAGGCCUCGACGCGUAGCAAGGACGCCGACAAAACGCGCUUGGACGCGCACCUGGGAGACCACGAACGCCGUGAGCUGGAGCAGUUACGAGAUCUUUUUUACCGGCUUCAGAGUGCUGCGGAAGACAACGCAGGACAUCUCGAUGCAGUUAAACUCGGGGCUUGGGCUGGCGAGGAGGACGGUGGCCGCGCAGGCGAUCGAUCUCGUAUUCAUCCGUCGGCAGGUCGGCGACGAGCAGGGAGUGUCUCGGAUAAUGCGUGUGGCCACAGUGCAGGCGUCGACUCGAGCAGUCGCGUCUUUAUGGAACGGUCCACAAGCGGGGACACGGCCCCGCUGGGAGCCGUCUUGCUGUCAAAACGCGGGGUCUCCGAGGAAAACUGCAGUUCGUUACCCUCCGGAUCGCCCACUGGUUUCUUCAAGGACACGGACGUUUCACCUGCAAAGUCCGGGCCGGACCGCGUGCCACGCGAGUCCGUCAAACGGGAGGAUGCCCAGGAACCCAUCAAACGACUGGACCAGAGAAUCCGAGAGUACCAGAGCAAGGCGCCAGGAGCAACAGCCGCAACCGGGGAGCCUUCGCCUCGGCUUUGCGCAAGUCGCGAUCGAUGUGUCUCAGACAAGUAA